AACUAAUUAGCUAUGAUUAGACACGCUAGGCUCAGCUCGUUAAAUGGCUGCUUUCUUCACGAGAUCAACAUAUUGCAUUGUAACUGGGGCCAGUGGUGGUUUAGGAAGAGAAUUAGCAAUCCAAUUAUCACGAGAAUGGUCUGCUACGGACUCUACUAUUGUUCUUGUCUCGCGUAAUAUUUCUAAACUCCAGGAAACUAAAGAAAUGAUAGCCAAAUCAAGCCCUAUCAAUGUUACCAUUGUCCCAGCUGACCUUGGGGAUCUUGCUUGCUUGUCUGACGUAUCCACAAAAAUACUGGAUGGAUACAGCUCUGAAAAAUACAACCAAGCAGCCAUUUUUCACAAUGCAGGUUCUGUGGGUGAUAUUGUUACUCCUACUGCAGAUCAAACUGAUCCUGCUGCCAUUGCUCAGUAUCUCACUGCUAACUAUACUUCAAUGUGGAUUCUAACCACACGCUUCCUCUCUUACGUCAAAACUGGACCAAGAUUUAUUAUGAACAUGUCAUCGAUGGUCGCAAAGAUGCCUUUUGGUGGUGGCGUUGUUUAUGCAUCAAUUAAAGCAGCUAGGAAUGUUUUUCUUGAAGCAUUGGCUAUUGAGCAUCCAGAUGUUAGGAUGCUCAGUUACAGCCCUGGUUCUUGUGAUACCAACAUGUUUCGUACUGCCAAGAAUGAGGCUGGUUUUGCUUCAACUAAAGCUUUUUUGGAAGAUCUUGUUCGUAAUAAUCAAGUUCUCAGUGUAGCUGAAUCAAUCAGUAAACUAAUGGAUUUGAUCAAGGAAGACAAGUUUAAGAAUGCUGCAAUUGUUGACUAUUAUGAUUGAUAGACUAUUAGACUAUAUUAGGUAUAUUUUUAUAAUUUUAUAUAGUUUUUUCUGAUUGAAUAAUGAUAAAUUUUGAUAAUUAUCA